UAAAAAUAUUUGGCAUCUAAUCUUAAACCACAAAGGUCCAACACUCUCUCUCUCUGGCAGUUGCUGCAGCCAAAUUUUGCUUCUACUCCCUUAAGGUCCCCACGUCAAGAAUUUUACGCUAUUAGUUUCUUAAUCCCAGUAUUCUCUUUGUUCUCGACUAUAUAUGCCUGCUCUCCUCUGGACUUUCUUUCUUCAGCUUCCCAACAGUUUACUACCAACACCAUACCUAUAUUUCCUUGUUCUAUUUUCUUCAUCUUUAGUUCAAAGCACUAGUACACAGAUGGAAGUUCGCUCCAUGAACUCCAUGAUUGGAAGAGGUAAUUCUUCUAAUACAAGAACCACUACUCAAGAGUCCCCUCAGGAGAGUAGUUGGACUAUGUACUUGCAAGAUUUCUUGAUAAGCAGUAAUCAUGAGGAUGAUGACGAUGACCGCAGUUCUUUCUCCUCAUACGAUUAUGAAGACUGUUCCAUAAUCUCCGGCGCUGCUUCCUCUGUUGCCAGAAAGUCGAGUACUAUUAAAGGAGAAGUUUUAGGGUUUGGCGUGGAUGGAGGUUAUAAUAGAUCUAGCUUCAUGAUUAAGAGAAAACCCAAAGAAGCUGUGCUUGAUGAUGCUUUGGAAGACACAGCUAGUUCUCCAGUAAAUACUCCCACGGUUUGCAAUCACAGCCAGUCAAAUGUGGAAUCAACACUGCAAAAAGAUGACACAGACAUAUCUAAUACGGAGAAAGGAAGUACUUCUGGCAGGAUGGAUGAGAGAACUGAAUCGGGCUUUAUCGGGAGAGAGUGACUGCACAGAACUGAAGACGAGAGGACGUUGCUUAGUUCCAUUCUCUAAUAUAGCAAACUAUUUUGGAUGAAUUAUUGUUAUCAUCAUCCAUAUACUAGUACUUCAGUUAAAACAUACAUCUCUCUCUCUCUCGCUCUCGAUAUUUGAUUCUGUACAUACUAUGGUCGAUUGCUUUUCUCAUUGCUGUUGAGGAAGCACACUUCAUGUAUCAAUUUCAGCAAGAACAAUACCAAAACCAGUUGUCCAGCAA